AAACCAUACUUACUCUUCCCCCCACCUCUUCUUCUAAAACCAUCUUAUAUUUAGAAUUUCGAGACUUACUUUCAAUGCAUACUUAGUUUCAACUGGGGAAUCAACACAAGCAAAAGCAAUUUUUUCCGUGUCUUGACAUCUAGCUUCCUAUUGGCUCACAACGGGUCAGCUGACUUUGUCAUUUUGUCUGUCCUGGAGUGGAGCCGUCCCUAUAACAAUCUAGUUCAGACUACAAACUGGAGACAGAAAUAAAUAUUAAAGAAAUCAUACAGCCAGGUAUAGGGGGGAAGAUAUGAAUUCCUAUUUCACAAACCCGUCGCUCUCCUGCCACCUCACCAGUGGUCAAGAGGUGCUGCCUAACGUGGCUCUCAAUUCCACUGCCUAUGACCCUGUAAGGCAUUUUUCAACUUAUGGAGCCGCCGUUGCUCAAAACAGGAUCUAUUCAUCUCCUUUUUAUUCACCGCAAGAUAAUGUUGUCUUUAGCUCCAGUCGAGGACCCUAUGAUUACGGAUCUAAUGCCUUUUAUCAAGAAAAAGACAUGCUUUCUAGCUGCAGGCAAAAUUCUAUGGGACACAAUACACAAACUUCCAUUGCCCAGGAUUUUACAAGUGACCAAAACAGGAGCACAUCCCAGGAACAGAAAACUAGCAUUCAGAUAUACCCGUGGAUGCAGCGCAUGAACUCCCACAGUGUUUGUCUGGUUUCCGAAUCCUUAGGGGUCGGCUACGGAGCAGAUCGGAGGAGAGGCCGCCAGAUCUACUCCCGUUACCAGACCCUGGAGCUGGAGAAGGAGUUUCAUUUCAAUCGCUACUUGACGAGGCGGAGGCGGAUCGAGAUCGCCAACGCGCUGUGCCUAACGGAACGCCAGAUCAAGAUCUGGUUCCAAAACCGGAGGAUGAAGUGGAAAAAAGAGAGCAACUUGAGUUCCACUCUGUCUGGGGGAGGGGGCGCUGGAGCGGCCGCCGACAGCUUGGGGGCCAAGGAAGAGAAGCGAGAAGAAACAGAGGAAGAGAAGCCAAAGGAGUGA